AUGCAUGAACUUAUUUUCCUGCAGACCACUGCUGCCAGCGGGGCUGCUGAAAUCAGCCGCAUCCUCACGAAGGCGCCUCCGGCCUACGUCAACGUGCCCUUUGUCGAAGAGGAUGUUGAGAAAAUCAUGGAGGAAGUGCCCGACUUCAAGUUCUACUACGUCGGUCGUUCAGACGGUGGUGACAACCCCUACCGUAAGGUGCCGUUGACCGAGCGUAUUUACAUCGAGGGAUCCGAGGGACGUUUCGACCCCGCUGACGACUCCGUAAAAUUAGCGAAGCUCCCCAACGGCCUCAGAAUUGCAUCCGUUGAUAGGGGUGGAAUGGAUUCUUUGGUGGGAUUGUAUGUCGGCGCAGGCUCCCGCUUUGAGCACCCCGAGGAAAUCGGAGUGUCGUCUAUGAUCGAGAACAUGGCUUUCCACUCCACGGCGCACCUGUCUCACUUGCGCACAAUCAAGACCGUGGAGACCCUCGGCGGUAAUGCGAGCUGCAACGCUUUCCGCGAGCACAUCGCUUAUCACGGGGAAUGCCUGCGCAAGGAUGUGCCGAUCAUGGUGAACCUGUUGAUAGGCAACGUCCUGUUCCCACGCUUCUUGCACUGGGAGAUGAAGGCAAACAAAAGUCGAUUGGACGACAAGCGCAAGCAGAUCCAUGAGACCCCCGACAUGCUCGUUACGGAGUUAUUGCACUCUGUCGCCUGGCAUAACAACACGCUCGGCUUGCCUAACUACUGCCCAGAGGCCAGCAUGGCGAACUACAAGCCCGAGGUCAUGAGGAAUUACAUGUUGCGCCACUUCUCGCCCGACAACUGUGUCGUGGUAGGGAUUAACACCGACAUGACUGAGCUUUCUAAGUGGGUGAUGCGCGCCUACAACGAGUACAAUGCUAUCGAACCCGUGAAACGGGAGGUGGAGAAGCCGGUGUACACCGGCGGCGUGCGUUACCACGAGGAUAACACGCCGCUGCUACACCUAGCGGUUGGAUUCGAAAUCCCCGGGGGCUGGAACAAGCCUGAGCUGGUGGUAUUCACGGUGCUGCAAGCUCUGCUAGGAGGCGGUGGCGCUUUCUCCACUGGAGGCCCCGGCAAGGGCAUGCACAGCCGCCUGUUCCUGAACGUGCUCAACAAGAACGAGUUUGUGGAAACGUGCAUGGCCUUCUCGACCGUCUACAGUGAUGCUGGUAUCUGUGGACUGUACAUGGUAGCCGCACCCCAUGCGUCACGCAACGCGCUGGAGGUGAUGGCCAAGGAGUUCAAGGCGAUGGCCACAGUGACACCCAAGGAGUUGGAACGCGCCAAGAACACCCUGAAGUCGUACCUGCACAUGUCGCUCGAACACAAGGCUGUCCAAAUGGAGGAUAUCGCCCGACAGCUGCUGCUGUGUGACCGCGUGCUGACCGUUGACGAGCUGGAGCGUGCCAUCGACAGCGUGACUGCUGGCGACAUCAAGAGCUGCGUGGACCGCAUGCUGAAAUCCGGCAAGCCGUCGGCAGUUGCCAUGGGAAACCUGACCUACAUGCCGCAUCCAGAAGAGAUGCUCAAGUACUUCCAGUUUUAG